AUGAGAACAGGCCGUCGUCAACGAAUGGCGUUGUCGCUUUUUUUUUCUCUGCCAUUCACGCCUCUGACUUUUCGUUCUCGUUUCUGUUUGUUUUUUUUUUUGUUUUUUUCUUGUGGGUGCAGUAUCCUUUUUUUGUUUUUUUCCUUUAGAUCUAUGCUUUGCCGUUUUUUCUGUGCGAGACGCACUGCCAUUGCCGUCCGCUGUCACGGUGGAGUGCUUGACUGUGCCCGCCGCUGUGGCUCCUUCAAUUACGCCGAGUACAAUGACGGCGACCCGCUGCUGCUGCAGGAACAACUGACAGACAGCGAGGUGGAGAUCCGGCGGGUGGUGCGAGAGUUCUGCAAGAAGACACUUCUUCCUCGCGUGACGGACGCCUACCGCAACGAACGUGAAGACCGUAAAAUUUUUCGCGAGUUGGGUGCAUUGGGUGUGCUAGGGCCAACCAUCGAGGGGUACGGCUGCGCCGGCAUCAGCUCCGUCGCCGCUGGUCUCAUCUCGCGCGAGAUUGAGGCAAUUGACAGCGGCUACCGCUCGGCGUGGUCAGUGCAGUCCUCCCUCGUGAUGCACCCCAUCUAUGCCUUUGGGAGUGAUGCGCAGAAGCAGCGGUUUCUGCCGAAGUUGGCGACUGGUGAACUCAUCGGCUGUUUUGGACUAACGGAGCCGAACGCGGGGUCGGACCCAAUGUCAAUGACGACGCGGGCGCGAAAGGUGGCGGGUGGUUACAGCCUUAGCGGAUGCAAGACGUGGAUCACCUCCGCACCGCUCGCCGACAUUGCCGUCGUGUGGGCGAAGUUACACGACACAAAUAAAAUUGCGGGGUUUAUCGUUGAGCGUGAUUUCAAGGGGUUUGCCACGGAGCGGAUUGAAGGCAAACUCUCUCUGCGCACCAGCUGUACUGGCAUGAUUGUACUCGACAACUGCAUCGUGCCGGAGGAGAAUGUGUUGCCACACGCCACCGGCUUGAAGGCUCCGUUUAAUUGUCUUAGCAGCGCCCGGUACGGCAUUGCGUGGGGGGUGGUUGGCGCGGCUGAGACAUGUUUUAACAUUGCGCGAGAUUACAGUCUGGAACGCAAGCAGUUCGGCAAGUCAAUUGCGUCUAUGCAGCUUGUGCAGGCAAAGUUGGCUGAUGCAGUGACGGAGAUAACGUUGGCGAUGCAAAGUUGCCUACGUGCUGGGCGGUUGAAGGACGAGGGGAAGCUCUCGCAUCAGGUGAUAUCAAUGCUGAAGCGCAACAACACACGGAAGGCAAUAGAAAUCGCGCGGGCAAUGCGAGACAUUUUGGGUGGCAAUGGCAUUUCAGACGAGUACCACGUCAUGCGGCACGUGUGCAAUCUUGAAACAGUCUUGACAUAUGAAGGCACUUACGACAUCCAUGGACUUAUUUUGGGACGCUCCAUCACUGGCAUGAGUGCCUUCUGA